AUGCUCACUGACGGUCCCAUGCUCUCUUUGUUACUUCCUGUUAGGGGCGAGGGCCAGCAGGAGGUGUUCGGUGUGUCUGAAGAAGUCUGCCUUCAGUUCUUCCUGAGCCAGUCGGAGAAUGGAUCUGUCUGCCCGGGAGCUGUGUCUCAACUUCACUGUGGUCCUGAUCACGGUUCUCCUGAUGUGGCUCAUUGUGAGGUCCUACCAGUCCUGAGACAGCAUGCCACUCUCCCGGGAUUGACUGCCACGCUCCGGAACUGCCUGCUGUGUGUCCUGAGAUCCCACUGCUGUAAUGGGAUGCCUGUCCUGGCACCCUAA